AUGCAGAAACAAUCAUGUUUAUGGGAGGCUUAUCUCGAUCCAACCUAUGUUCCCUUCUCCGGUCAAGUCUGUGACAGAGGCGAGAAUCGGAAGCUUUCCGGCAAAGUGGUGCAUGUCAGCCCUGACGGUCGGUACGGCUACAUUCAGGCCAAGGACCACAGAAGGCCAAAUGAUGAUGUUCAUUUCCGGAUGGACGUGGUGAGGGACUCUGGCGGCUUGAGCCUGGCCUUCGGCGAUCGUGUGGAGUUUUGGAUUCAGCCGCAAGGCGAAGGCUGGCGACCUACAGCAGCAGCCGUGCAUUUGGUCUCCCUGGCGCCCGAUACGGACCGGCGGAAGAAAGCGUUGGCCCAGAUGGAGCAGUGGAGGCAACAGAUCUGCAUGCAAAGCCCGUCGGCGCAGGAUGCCAAAUUCCAGGCUCGAACCGGCAGGGCCGUAUGGCAAGCAGUCCUCGAACUCCUCGAGCCCACCAUGCGCAACGAGACUUGGCAAACGGAAGUUCGAGGGCCCAGCUCUGUGCCGCCCUCUCAAGCGAGUGCCGAGGCUGCCAGCCCAAGUACCUGUCGCCACGCUUUCUGUGCCGAGCGCCACUAUGCGGAGAAGGUCUACUUGCAAAAUCGGGCCUUGCGCCAUGAUUCCGUGGAGCAAUCAUCGAUGAGUGCGGACGAGGUCAAAUUCACCCACGCGGAGAUCAGCGAUCAGUUCGGGGAUGGGCGACCUUUGGAAACCCUUCUUGCAGACCUCAGGCGAGGCAAGAUCUUGCCUUCGGAUGACAGGAUGCAGCUGGAGGCAUGCCUUCUGAAAGACAAGUACCGGUCUCUGAACAAUCGGCGUCUUCGAGUACUUAAAAUAUUCCACAUGGAGCAGAAACGGAUGGAUCCGAAAUGCGAUGUUCAAGUGCGUGUCCAGUUGCGUCCGCUUUGCAAGAGCACAGCACAGUUUAUACAGAACUUAUGCAAGUCAGACGACCGUUCGAAGCAGACCUCACCCGUGCACCCCGAUGCACAGCAAGCCAAGCAGACCCUGCUGGACAUCGAGAAUGCCAGUGUGCAAAAUCGAAAGAAUGCUUUUGUGACCAAGUGGGCGCUCUCAAGCCUGGGAAAGGAACAGGAAGUCCUUGUCUCAGCCUUGACUUACAUUGGUGCGCCGGCUCGUCAACGCAAUGGGCUGAUGAAUAAAGUCACCAGGGACAAGCGGAGAAGGAUGGAUGACGCCAUGACGAACAUGAUCGACCUUAAAACGGAGCGAGCCAUCAAUGGCAUUGGAGGGGAAGUAGAAGUGGUGGAGUUUGAAGAGAAGCUGUACCUGCUGGACAAAGAGCUGUGUAAGGCUUUGCGGGACAAGCAGGACCGCCAGAGGGAGGAUAUCAAGAUCAAAAUCCGCAUCAUACCGCUGUGUCCCUGGACCGCGAAGAUGGUCCUCGCGAACAGCAGCCUGAACGAUGGAGAGGAUGUGCAGUCAAAAGGCUCUGAGUCUGAAUGGCCCCUGUGUCGCCUUGUGUACCUUCUGCUGGACUUGGCCAACAGCUUGGCUCAAGAGCCGAACUUUUCCUCGACCUUCGACUUAAUUUCUGUGUCGCCCCUUCUUGGGCAGGGUGCCCUGAUAUCAGCACUAAAAGAGGAAGAGCAUGGAUCACGAAUGUGGGAGGCUGCAGCUUUGCUCCUGGUCAACCUCUUCAAGCUGGCGCCAACUGGCUCAAAAGCCGCAAUGCCGGUUUGCGCUUACAUGCAGGAUGUCACAGACGAGCGAAGAGAUUUGGAGGAAAGCAAUUGCCAGAGCAGGAGGUGGCUGAACCUGCUUUCCUUCAGUACACGUGCAAUCGUUGGCCGGCCGUCUGAUGCUUACGAAGCUUGCUGGGACAUGUUGUCACUUGUACCCACGGUGCACGAGAUCCAGCGUGACGCAGAUCAGUGUAGCCGACGGCGGCAUAAGACAGAGCUGCCCACAGUGCGGGAACGCGGCUGCUACAACUCAGAGCAGCAUUAUUUGGAUACCUAUUUCCGGCUGCUUCGCGAGGAGUGCCUGGCUGCCAUUCGCACCACAUUGUAUCAUGUCAGCCACGGGAAUAUGGAGGCAGAAGAAAUUCGCCGAGAUGGAAACGUCUUCGAUGCUUCCCUGAUGGGCUUUAAUGUUUCGCGCGGCCAGGGAGGUGUGCUUGACAGCCGCAUCAAGGUAGUGUUCCGCGUACGGCCCAAGGGCACAUGGGAGAGAUGGCGGUCGAAAAUGGACAGGUCAUUCAAGUUCGGUAACUUGGUAGCAUGCAUUUGCGACAAUGACGUGAAUCAGCCAAUUUGGAUGCUGGUCGCCUGCCGUGAUGUAGACGAGCGCACUGUGGCUUUGGGUCUUUACAGCGCUGGGGAGCACGACACGGCCCGACUGGCACAAAUGUGGGAUGCAGGGCAGAUGAUGCUGAUUGCAUCCACUACAUACUUCCGAUCGCUGGAGCCUGUUCUGCGCCGGCUGCAAGACGCACAGCAGGUGGGUUUUGCCUUCAAGGAGGAGCUGGUGCAUUGUCAGACCACCCCAAGGCGACCCUCAAACGUCCAUGCUGCCGAUCCAGUUGACUGGAAGUUGUUUUUCAGCGGCCCGAGACCCGAUGUCAAGGAUGAUAGCAAGUUUCUAGUGGUUGGCCCGGAGCUUUCUGGGCAGCCAGUGCAUUUCAGGGGGACCACUGUUGAGUCUCCCGAUGGAGAGGCGAUUUUCAAGGUUAUCCUCACAAAGCACGGGGGUGAGUACGGUUUCCGGCUGCUCAACUUGGCUGGUCAGAUCUUCAUCCAGCUUCCGGGAACCAAGCAAGGCCGCAUUGUGGGCGUAAAGGAGGACGUGGAGGUCGAGAUCGGAACAGACAUAGUGGCCUUCACCCAUCGCGACCCGGACAGGGAGCUACGCUUCGCGGUGGUGGAAGCCAGCGGAAGUUUGCACGAGAUGCGCACUGAGCUUACCAGACUUUGCAAGGAUGCCGAGGACCGUGGCGAGUCGACGUCGGCAACGACCUGCGACUCGAGCCAGCUGCAAGCAGUGCAGCAUGCUUUGAGGUGCCGGGUGUCGCUGAUCCAGGGGCCUCCAGGCACAGGGAAGACCUUCAUCGGCUACAAGCUUCUGCGGAUGCUGGAGGGCAAGUCGCGGAUCCUGGUCCUCACAUACAAAAACGAUGCCCUGGACGGAUUCCUCGACCUGUGCCGAAAGGACCUUGGGGAGCAUCAGAUAGCGCGCAUCGGCCGGAAUGGCAAUCUGCGGAGCGGCUGGGGAGGGGACAAAGGGCUCCUUGAAGGCUUGUCUAAAGGGGUUACUGCAAGGCAGGUUCUAUGA